AUGGCAAGAGAGAAGCAGUUCCAUGAACAAGUCACCACCGGUAUUAAUCUCACUACUGGUAGCAACCUCACUGAUGAAGAUACCGCUCGUAACCAUGGACUCCACCACGACCAUGUUGCCGAAGAGGCGCUCGGCGGGCGCACGGCCGACUUGGGCAAGUCAUACUUUACCAGUGUGAACUUCAUCGGCACAGUCAUUGCUACAUGUUUGGCGCAAAUAUCGGGGUAUCUUGGCUGGGUUCUUCCAUCCAACACCUUGAGCCUCAUUAACGCUGCCAUUGGACCAUCACCAAACAUCAUAUGGGUCAGCAUCUCCUGGACAGCUGGUUUUGCUAUUGGCUUCACGCUUGUUGGUCGUCUAUCCGACAUAUUUGGUCGGAGAUGGUUUUUCAUUUGUUCAUCUCUUCUCGGUUUAGUCGGCAACAUCAUUGGAGCGAGUGCACAAAGCAUAGACAUGUUGAUUGCCACCAACUCGAUCAACGGCCUCGCCGCUGCCGGUCAGCUCUCGUUUCACAUCAUCCUCGGCGAGCUUGUACCAAACUCCCUCAGAGGUCCAGUCAAUGCUUUUGUGCUUUUCACUUCGGUUCCGUUUGCCGUCUUUGGCCCUCCAGUUGCGCGAUCACUAUAUCAGACCACAGCUCUUCAGUGGCGAUGGUGCUAUAUCCUAGGAUGUAUCGUCAAUGUUUUUGCCGUAGUCAUGUACUUUUUCUUCUAUUUCCCACCAACAUACGAAAUGCUCCACGUUGGCGGCAAGUCUAAAUUUAAACAGCUAAAGACUCUCGACUGGGUUGGUAUUAUUCUGUUUUCAACUGGCCUCGUUGUUUUUCUGAUCGGCAUGAACUGGGGUGGCUCGGCAUAUCCAUGGGAUAGCGGACACGUACUUGGAGCAUUGUUUGCGGGAUUUGGCACUUUGGUGGCAUUUUGCUUUUGGGAAGCAUACGCUCCUGGACUCGAAUACCCACUAAUCCCCCUACGGUUGUUCAGGAACAUCAAGUACGAUGCGAAUGUAGCGUGUGCUAGUUUGGCGGCUAUUGUCUACUAUGCCAACACGGUCAUCUGGCCCACCAUGGUCUCUGCGUUGUUCACAACCGACAUUUCCAAGAUCGGGUGGCUUUCUUGUGCUGUCGGGGGUGGUCUGCUCCUGGGACAGAUUCUUGGAGGUGCUGGUGUGCGCUAUCUACCACGAAUGAAGAUCCAGAUGACUGUGGCAGCAGUUAUCACAACAGCCUUUGUCGCCGCCGUUGCCGCAUCCGAUGAGAGUACUGAAGACCGAACCACGACCUUUCUACUAAUCGGCACCAUUGCAGCAGGAUACAUUGAGAACCUGACGCUUUCGAGUACUGCAUAUCUUUGGGACCCAGCGGAUAUCGGUUUGGUGACUGGUGUCAUGGGAGCCAUACGCACCGGUCUUUCGGCCAUCGCGACAAGCAUGUACUCUUCCAUCAUCACAACAGAGUCAAAGAAGUAUAUUCCACGAAAAGUCAGGCCUGCUGCACUUGCCGCUGGUCUCCCGGAGUCGUCACUAGAGUCUCUACUUUUAAGUGUCACGUCGGGAAACUUCUCAGCCGUGCCUGGUGUUACGCCAGAGAUUAUUGCAGCGACUGGGAAAGCUGUGAAAGAUGCUUAUGCACUUUCGUUUAGAACGGUGUAUCUCUGCACGCUACCGUUCGGAGUGCUGCUUAUCGUUGCAGCACUGUUGUCACCAAAUGUAGAGCAAUAUCUUACCGACGAAGUUGCUAGGAAGAUGCAUGAUCGGGUCGAAAAGGAUGGAGUUGAAAGGAAGGAGGUUAUUGAAGCGUAG